AUGGCUCGUCAUGGAAUGUGGAACAACCUUCUCUCGCAAGUGAUGUGGAAACAGAUGGAUAAGAGCGUGUCCACAGCGGAGAUUGGAGACUUGAUAGAGUUUACCCAUCCAUAUUUGGGGUUUUCUCUCUGGGGAGUUUACAUGGGGAAAGGUCAUGUGAUCCAUUUUGGAGUUGGAGAUGAGAACAUGACGCAGAAAGCGUGUCGCAGCCUCGUGCAGUUCAUGCUCCCCGGGUCCAAAGGUGACGGUGUUCUGAAGAAGACCACAAUCUCCUCGGAGUCCAUCGCCGAUAUCCGACUGCCGGCAGGAGUCCGUAUUCGGGUCAACAAUGCCAAACACCAGCUGGUUCCUUCCAUGGUGGAGCUGAUGAUGCAUCGAUGUCACACGUUUAUGAAUCAGGAGUUCAAAUAUGACCUGAUCAACUUCAACAGCGAGCAUUUUGCCACCUUUGUUCGCUACGGCCAAGCAGUGUGCACACAGAUUCCUUUCCAGAAAAAGAGCAGCGGUCACGUUGAAACAACUGCAACCCUUGAACUGAUAAUGCAGCAACGGAUGGAGACAGAAACUUAA